AUAUAUGUGCCAUGUUAUUCUUCCAGGGGUGAAGAGCCACGGCUGUGAUAAGUGUGACAAGUCAUUCGCAAGGAAGGACAUGCUGAAGGAGCACCUUAGGGUGCACGACGACAUCCGGGACUUCCUGUGUGCAGAGUGUGGGAAAGGCAUGAAGACUAAGCACGCUCUGAGGCACCACAUGAAGCUCCACAAGGGCAUCAAGGAGUACGAGUGCAAGGAGUGCAGCCGCAAGUUCGCCCAGAAGGUCAACAUGCUGAAACACUACAAGAGACACACAG